AUGGAGUGGCAAUCUAAUUUUUUUGCAAUAAAUUUAAUAUUAAAAAGUUGUUUUAUAAAUAUGGAGCCUAGCUAUUAUGACAAGCAGCUUAACCUAUUAAAUGAAGGGAAAACCUAUGAAUUUGCCCAGAAUAUUCUUAACAGAGCGAGAAGACUGAUAUCAAGAGGUCAGCAUGCAGAAAGCAUAGACAUUGCUUUGAGAGCAGCUCUCGAGCUUCUGAAAAGACAGACCAUACCAAAUGAGCUGCUUGAUAUUAUUGUUCAGACCUCACAAAACUCUCCUCCAAAUUCAGAUUUAAUUGAAGAAAUCUAUUCUCAUUUAUCAGCACCUAACGACAUCGCAUUUCUUAAAAAGCUCUGUAAGAAUUGCCCAGAUCCCAAAAUUUAUGCACUUAUAGCAAGAGCAUUAGACGAUUCUGGCGACCUUGGAAAAUCUCUAUUAUACUGAAUUGGAGCUGGGAGUUACAGAGAAAUCAUCAGAAUUUUACAAAUUUUAAUAGACAGAGGCUAUCCAGGCGAAAUUGAUCUUUUUGUCUGCAGAACAGUUCUGAUCCUUCUCUCCUUCAAGAAUUUAUCCUUAGCCCAGCAUAUUAUUGGAGAAUUUAAAUACGUAGAUACCCCUCUGCUAAACUUCACCAGAUUUCUAAUCCAAGCUCUCGACGUCAAAGAAUUUUCACUUGUGGGAAUCCUGAAAGAGAGAUAUGCGCCAACACUUCAAAGAGAUCUGAAUUUGAUAAAAUAUUUAGAGCAUGUAGAAAAGGCGUUUUCAGCAGAAGCUCCUAAUUAUAUUCCUAAUAUUUUAGAUUAG